AGAAAGGUUUUAAAUUUAUAUAAAAUAUAUUGCUUUUUAAGUAACAAGCUUUAUAAAUAUUCUUUUUCUGUGUUUAGACUAAUGGCAGGUCCUCCUGUAAAGCAGCAGGGAGAGGACAACGGUCGAUCUCCCUCAUACUGUUACAACUGCUCCAGGAGAGGACACUUUGGCCAUGCGUGUACACGGCAGAGGAUGUUCAAUGGGGUGUAUGCCACCAUUCCGUUCAUCAAUCACUAUGACACAGUGGAGGACAUCAAGCGCAGACAACACAGGCUAAAGCUGAAGGUUAAAGAACUGAAGAAAAAUGGCUGUUUCCCCACCACCUCUCAGACUCCUGUCACUCCAGGACCACCGAAAAAGAAACAGAAAAUCAGCCAUCUCGAAAACAACUGCGACCCUAACCACACACCUCAGCAAACCCCUAACAACCACAAACCCAGCCCGAACCAUAUCUUUUUUCGUGACAGUGACUUUAGUGACACAACACCCAAAACAAAUAAGUUCAAACAACCAGAAAGCACUGGCAAAGUGAAACCGUGGAAACCUAAGAGACCAGUGCCCACCUCAAGGAACCAGCUGCCACCAGCGAAGCUAAUUUUGGAUGAAGCAGCUGACUUUCCCAGAGGUGGAGGCAGAGGAGCGAACAUAGAGAAGAAGAAGAAGAAGAAGAGGUGGAAGAGACCAAAAAAAGCACCAGGAAACUGGGCGGUAACUGGUGAGAUGCAGGGGUCAGACCCGAAUCCAGAGAACGGGGCGAAGAAGAGGAAGAGGAGAUAUCGAAAGCCGGGGGACCGCUGACAAAAAACUCGCUGCGCAGAUGUUCCCGACGGAUGAGAACCUGUUUAUAAUCAAACAGAGGAAACGCAGCAGAUAGCAGCAGUAUGUCUGAGCUGUCAGGGCUGCGAUCUUUAUGACCAGUGGUUGUAUGUUCAUGAUAUUUAGAAACACGACUCAGGUCUUAACUGUGAAAGUUCCGCUUCAGGGGUUCAUAGGCCUUUUUCCACAGAUGACAGCCUGACAUGUCACAGCAGGAAAAGCAAACAUAAUGUAAAUAAAUUAAUGACUGAUUUCAGUGUAGAGGCUUCAGUUUCAGGGUUCACAGUUUGUCAAAUCUGUCUUAAAACGACAGCCAUGAGACAGCCAUGUACUCUUAGAGAAAUAGAGGACAAAAUUCACAGUCCUUGUUUUGUACAGAAAUAUAUUCAGAGAUUGAUCUGAAAGCAAUAGUUGGCCUCAGCAGUCUGAGUUAGACAAAGUAAUUGAAUAUUUUUCUUUCAAAAGUUAAAAUAUUUUAAGUACAGGAUGCCUUCUUUCUGUUACUGUCUUUCCACUGCAGCUUAGCAGGGAAACACUGGCCAGGAAAAGAAAAAGAAGGAAAUUUGUACCACAAUGGCAGCAGCUUUGGAAGAUAUCUACUUGAUUUGUCUACUCAAACUGCUUUAGACAAACUUCUGAAUACAAACAAAUACUGCAUGUUUUUUUCAUUGAAUGUCCAGGAUGAACAGGACAAACGAUUACAGCAAGUAAAUACAGUUUCCAUGUUUACAUCAGCACCUGACUAGUAAAGUGAAAAGUAAUGAACCUAUCAUUUAAUAGUAUUAGUAGUAUCUGAUUUUCCUACUAUGAUCAGUCAAAGUUUGUGCUGUGGUAAAGGCCUGUUGUGUUUGAUGCUGUACUCCUGUGGUCAGUGUGAGAAUUACAGCCCCUGUUCAAACUGAGGCAUCGUUUCAUGACUUUCAUGACAUGAAUUGUUUCAGUGACAUUUAAGUAUGAGAACCAAGUUAAAACUUCACACAGUUAGUUCAUUGAUAAUUUAGACAACUCAUAACCAUUGAGCAUUCUCAAUAAACAGGAUGACUUACAUUGUUAAUAGACACGAAGAGAAGAAGUUAAUUGCAUCCACCUUCAGAGUGUACAGAUUAUUUUGCAGAUAAAUGUUUCGAUUGUCAUCAUAUUCUUUCAUUUAUUUGUUCAUAUUCAUUUCUCCACAUUGAAAGUUUGAGUUAAAAACAGACUCUGUUCUUUACAGUAGAAGAAUGUCCUAGUGCCUCAGCUCUGAACAUAAUUUUAAAUUUGUUGCUGCUUUUGGAACCAAGUGAUGGUGAAUUUUUAAAACUACUCUUGGGAUAUCAUCCUCACUUCCAUUCAGACCAGUCUUUUUUCAAUAACACUCGCUAAUUUGUAAAUGAUCUAAAUAUAUGAACAUACUGUAAAUAUGUUUGUUACAUAUAUUUGAUGCAAAUCUGUCAGGUAGUCACUUCACCAGUUCUGGUGUGACAUGGAUAGCAUGCGCCACUGACAUGCAGCCCUGGCAGUAUUAACGUUUAACCAUCCAAAUUUAGCUAUAUGUCAUGUAUGUCCUGGUUAUAACAUGAUGAAUCCUUAAAGACAUGCAAUUAAAGAGUAUAAGACACGUCCUUGAUAACAUGAAUACAGCUUACCCAAAGACUCUGAGGAAAAAUAAAACUUGAAUCUUCUCUAACUUAUUCUGUGAUUGAGGAAGAGGAAUCAGUUGCAUCA